GCAAAUGAAGCAGCGGAUGUAGGCCGACAUCUUUGAGAUCUGCUCGGCGCGGCAGUAAAGAGGUUGAUAUUCAUUCGACAACAUGGCUGACAAGUCGAAUUCGGAGGAUCGAACAAAUGGACAAACAGGGGGCGUGCAAAGAAAAGGAGCUCUACGACAGAAGAAUGUUCAUGAAGUGAAAAAUCACAAAUUUGUUGCUCGUUUCUUCAAGCAGCCGACCUUCUGUAGCCAUUGUAAAGACUUUAUUUGGGGCUUUGGUAAACAAGGAUUUCAAUGUAAAGUUUGCAGCUUCGUCGUUCACAAACGUUGUCACGAAUUCGUUACCUUCCAAUGUCCUGGAAUUGACAAAGGCCCGGAUUCCGAUGCAACCAAUGCUCAUAAGUUCAAAGCUCAUACAUAUGGUUCGCCUACUUUUUGCGACCAUUGUGGAUCUUUACUUUAUGGACUCAUUCAUCAAGGACUUAAGUGCGAUUCUUGUGACAUGAAUGUACAUAAAAAAUGUGAAAAGAACGUACCGAAACUAUGCGGAGUUGAUCAUACUGAAAGACGAGGAAGGAUUUAUUUGACUAUUACGUACAAGAACAAUACCAUCCACGUUUCCGUUAAAGAAGCCAAAAAUUUAAUUCCUAUGGACCCGAACGGAUUAGCGGAUCCUUAUGUAAAACUCAAGUUAAUGCCCGAUUCUGGAAAGACGAAGCAGAAAACGAAAACAAUCAAAGCUUGCCUUAAUCCUGUCUGGAACGAGUCAUUUGAUUUCCCCAUUGGAAAUGAAGAUCAUGCCAAACGCUUGUCCGUAGAAAUAUGGGACUGGGACAGAACCUCCAGAAACGAUUUCAUGGGGUCAUUAUCGUUCGGCGUUACAGAAUUAAUUAAGAACGAAGCGGAUGGAUGGUAUAAAUUAUUAAAUCAGGAAGAGGGAGAGUAUUAUGCAGUUCCUUGUCCUGACGAGAAUGAAGAAAGUGAACAAGAAAUGGAAAAGAUUAAGAAAAUGAAGUCAAUUCAAGAUAAAACACCUGCACCUAAUUCAAUCAAAGACGUUCAAACGCGACAAGACGUUAUUCGAGCCACCGACUUUAGUUUUCUUAUGGUUCUCGGGAAGGGAAGCUUCGGUAAAGUGAUGCUAGCCGAAAGGAAAGGGACAGACGAAUUGUACGCUAUAAAAAUUCUCAAAAAAGAUGUAAUUAUUCAAGAUGAUGAUGUUGAAUGUGUAAUGAUAGAAAAACGAGUAUUGGCUAUGCAGGGAAAACCACCUUUUUUGGUUCAAUUGCAUUCCUGUUUUCAAACUAUGGAUCGCUUAUAUUUCGUAAUGGAGUACGUAAAUGGUGGAGAUUUGAUGUAUAGAAUACAGCAGGAGGGAAAAUUUAAAGAACCUAUUGCUGUAUUUUACUCAGCAGAAAUUGCAAUUGGCUUAUUUUAUUUACAUUCUAAAGGGGUCGUCUAUCGUGAUUUAAAGUUAGAUAACGUAAUGCUGGAUGCUGAGGGUCAUAUUAAAAUUGCCGAUUUUGGUAUGUGCAAAGAAGGUAUACAUGGCGACAAGACGACGAGAACGUUUUGUGGAACGCCAGAUUAUAUUGCGCCUGAGGCGAGUGACAUUGUUCUAUAUCAACCAUACGGAAAAUCGGUAGAUUGGUGGGCCUAUGGCGUUCUUUUAUAUGAAAUGCUUGCUGGUCAACCCCCUUUCGACGGGGAAGACGAAGAAGAGCUAUUUACCUCCAUAACAGAUCAUAACGUAUCCUAUCCAAAGGCCCUUUCUAAGGAAGCUGUCUCUAUUUGUAAAGGGCUGCUAACGAAAAAUCCUGCAAAGCGAUUAGGUUGUUCUACUUGCGGAGAACGCGACAUUAAAGAUCACGCUUUCUUUAGACGGAUCGAUUGGGAUAAGAUCGAAAACAAAGAAAUACAACCUCCCUAUAAGCCAAAAAUCACGGAUGGGAGAAAAGCUGAAAAUUUCGACCGUUUUUUUACAAAAACCACUUUGAAUAUGACACCAGUAGAUAGUACAUUGCUAAUGAAUUUUGGCGAUGAAAUUUUUGAAGGAUUCUCUCUCAAAAGUCGGAAAGAUGUGUCGAAUUUCGACCGAGAGUUCACCAGUGAAGCGGCCAAAUUAACACCAACCGACAAACUAUUCAUAAUGAAUCUUGAUCAAACGGAAUUCUCCGGAUUUUCAUACGCUAAUCCAGAAUUCAUUGUUCACGUUUAA